CAUGUGACUUAGAGAACACGACAAUAAUCUUAAAUCUAAUCUAAUCAAGUCUCUUGGUCAAACUUUUUUUCAAGAUUCAAUCGACCGAUGACAAUUAAUUACUUCUUCUUAUUUCUCUUAAAGAUGUAACUUUUUGGGUUUCAAGAUUCGAUCUAUCACUUCCCAUGGCUAGAGAAAACCCAUUGAUGAGCUUCUCCUUUAGUUUCAGAUAUCUCUGUCACUUUGCUCUACUCCUCUCUCUCCUCUCCUUUGUCUCUUUUCUCUUCAGACACAACACAUCACUCUGUUCUUGUCUUUACGAUCACAACACCUACGUUAACACAUUCGAUCAUCAGCAAAACAAUGAAACCAUCGAUCUUCUUCGAUUCUCUUCUGCUUGGAACCAUCUCACUUUCCCUUCUAAACCCAAGAAGACUCUCAAGAUCGCUGUGGUGGUCAAGAAAUGGCCGAGGAAAUCGCAAGCUGGUGGGCUCGAGCGACACGCGCUUACAUUGCAUCUCGCUCUAGCCAAUCGUGGCCACGAGCUUCAUGUUUUCACCGCUGCUUCUCCAUCGUUCCCUGAAUAUCAACUGAAAAAUCUGAUGUUCCAUCUCUCUGAGCCAACCGCUGCUGGAUAUCUUGAUCAAGCUUCUGUCUCGCAACAGCUUCAGACGCAGAACGCUAGUGGAAGACCGUUUGACGUAAUUCACACAGAGAGCGUUGGGCUUCUCCACACAAGAGCCAAGAAUCUCCGUAACGUGGUCGCGUCUUGGCAUGGAAUCGCUUACGAAACUUUUCACUCUGACAUCAUCCAAGAACUCCUUCGUCAAGCAGACAUCGCCGCCGCCACCGCUGCUGGAACCGAAGAAGAACAGCCACCGCCUUCAUCGCCAGCUCUGACGGAGCGAGCGAAGCGAGUCGUCGAGGAAGUCAAAUUCUUCCAACGUUACGCUCACCACGUGGCAACUAGCGAUCACUGCGGUGACGUACUCAAGAGGAUUUACAUGAUUCCGGAGGAACGUGUCCAUAUCAUUCUAAACGGCGUCGACGAGAACGUUUUCAAACCGGACGUUUCAAAACGUGAGAGCUUUAGAGAGAAAUUUGGCGUUAGAAGCGGCAAGAACAAGAAAUCUCCUCUGGUUUUGGGAAUUGCAGGGAGGUUAGUGAGAGAUAAAGGUCAUCCUUUGAUGUUCUCAGCUUUGAAGCGAGUGUUUGAAGAAAACAAGGAGGCACGUGAAAACGUUGUCGUUUUGGUAGCUGGAGAUGGUCCAUGGGGAAACAGAUAUAAAGACCUCGGGUCUACUAAUGUGAUUGUUCUUGGACCGUUGGAUCAAGAAAAGCUAGCGGGAUUCUACAACGCGAUCGAUGUGUUUGUGAAUCCGACCCUUCGAGCUCAAGGGCUGGAUCACACUCUCUUGGAAGCCAUGGUUUCAGGAAAACCGGUCUUAGCUACUAGGCUAGCGAGUAUCACUGGGUCAGUGGUUGUCGGUCCACAUUUGGGAUAUACUUUCUCACCAAAUGUUGAGUCUCUUACCGAGGCGAUUUUGCGGGUUGUUAGCGAUGGAACAGAGGAAUUACAGAGGAAAGGCAAGGAAGCGCGUGAACGGUCGUUGAGGCUUUUCACGGCGACUAAAAUGGCUGAUUCAUAUGAAAGGUUUUUUCUUUGCAUUUCGGAUCAGAGGUUUUGUACGUUACAAGCUUAAAACAUUUGAGCUAUAACACUAAUAUAGUUAAAACUAAUCAAGGACUUGAUUGUUUGAUUUCAUC